AUGUUUAUGGAUAUUGCAAAAAAUCCUUAUGAUGCAUCACAAGGUCCAGCUAAUGUUGAAGUUGGUAAACAAACAGAAAAUUCAGUUACAUUAAAAUGGAAUAAACCUAAAAAUGAUGGUGGCUCAAAAAUAGCUGCGUAUCAAGUUGAAAUACGUAAACCAGUUAGUGAUAUAUGGGAAAUUGCAGAUGAUUAUUCAGUUAAAGGAAUUGAGUUUACAGUUGAUAAUCUCUCAACAAGAAAAUCAUAUGAAUUUCGAGUUAAAGCAAAAAAUGCUGCUGGUUGCGGAGAAUAUACUAAACUUGUGUUACAUAUUGUACCUUCAUCACCUGCAUGGACAACACCAACAAAUGAUGGUGGUUCAAAAAUAACUGCUGGUGAAAGUGAACCAAGUUCAACAACUGAUCGAGUUAAAAUAACUGAAUAUCCAAAUGGACAAGCACCAAGAUUUGUUAAAAAAUUAACAGAUACAAGUACAUCUCUUAAUGGUGAAGUAGCAUUUACAAUUAAAUUUGAUGCUAAUCCAGCACCUGAAGUUAAAUGGUUUCGAAUUAUCAUCAUCUGGUCGUUGCCGUAUUGUUACAAAACCAAAUGA